AAAUUUCUCCCGACCUAACGCGCAGCCGCCGACGACCAGGGAACUCUAGUGUGGCGAUGGCAUCGAUGGAGGAGCAACUCUGCCGUAAAUCAGGCGAAACAGCAGGGCAUCUCGCUUCUCUUAACGGAACCCCCGACUUCGGAUGCCCGGAAGACCUACGCCAAUUCCGUGAUUCGUUGGAGGAGGUGGAUGCGGUCAUCAAAUCUCGUGGCCAGCCGGCAAUCAUGGGCACCGCCGAUUCAGAUGCCUGUGGAAUUGCAUGCCGUACCUUGAACCUCAUGUUUCCGCGGGAGGAUCGGGAUGACGACUGGAGUGACCGGAGCGCAGGUGAGGACGACGGCGAUGUUGGCGAUGGCGACAACGAAAAAGAUGGCCCAGGGAGCGAAGUAGCUAGUGAUUGUAGCACACAGGAGGAGGGCAGCGAUGAAGACGAUGACUGCAAUGGCCAAGUGAAAUACAAGGACAAGGAGGCGAAGUGCCCAGGAAAAUACUACCCCAAAAGUGAUGCAUAUAAAAUAGAGCGCAGAUGGCUAAAUAGCUACAGCAAACAGGUUGGAUACUAUGCCGAUCUCGGUAAUGGGAUUCUGGCCCGGGGAGAGGAGAAUACUCCUUUCCCUCCCUAUCCUCUGGUUGUCUUCCCUCACGCUACAGCUCGAUGCAUCCUGGGGGGCAACUGCUACCACCGUGUUUACAAGACCGAUGAUACUUCCACCACUGAAUCAACUCUUGGCUAUCGUACACCAGAAGAGAUGCUCCAGUUUUUUUCACUGCGCUUGUCAAGCUUUGACACUUCCUAUCCCGUUAGCGUGUAUGGAAUAUUUGCCAUUCGCGAUAAACUGGACAAGCGUCGGAAUUAUAUAUUUAACCGUCCCAGAGAUGCUGCUGUCGUGAUUGAGAAUAAGGAUUCUUCUGUCUUACCUCUUUGUAGCCCUUGCCGAGGAAUUUAUGUACUCAACCGUGCAUUACUGGAAGUUGAUCUUUGGGUAAAAACCGAAGGGGAUGUAUCAGAUGACAAGCAGCUACUUUCUGCAUAUGCUGAGGUUGAUAUACGUGGAAACUUUGAUGCUGGCAUGCAUUAUGCACGGAUUAUUGGCGACGUUUGCAACUUGGACAUAGAAUAUAAUGCCUUUGCGGACAGUGUGGAGACUGUAAUACAAGUUUAUGCAAAGCUUGACCAUCCUCAUCAUGUGAGGUUCACUGCUUUGAGCACUGGCUAUGAUGGUUAUGAGAUUGUGCUGUUCGAUGACAAGUUAUUUGGGAAUGCAAAGUUUUUCAAAUAUAUUGUUGCCGUCAAGGCGAAUGAAAAAUUGGAUGUUCUUUUAAAAGUGGACAACUCACUGUUUCGGUGGUCCUUUCAGGAUGAACAUGUUGGAACUGUUCAUUCUCCCGAUGACUCGAUCUUUGAGUAUGGCCAGUUCUUGGUAAGGGUGCUUUUUGCUCCAAAAAACUCCGAGUGAAACCCACCAUCAACAUUCUGAAA